AUGGCGAGCGCGAUGCGACUUCAGACCGUGGUCAGUGAUCUGGAGCUCCUCCUCGUGGCUGCGUGGGUCAAGCAACGCCCUCGUCCGCUUGGCGCGCCGGGACCUGGACGGACCAGCGCGUCGCUCGCCCGCGCUUGCUCCGCGCUUCACGCCGCCGCAGCCAGACUUCAUGCCCCCGUCCUGACCCUCUCCGCCGGUGCGCUCGCCAUGUAUUCCAGACUCCACGACUCCCCUCAGAGGCAUGCCAUGGCCGUGUGCAAGUUCUACCUCCAGGGCAACUGCAAGUUCGGCGACAGGUGCAAGUUCGACCAUCCCGGCGCCCAGAACCAGAACCGUGGCAAUCAACAGAACCAGAACCGCUUCGCCGCUUUGAACAAUGCCCCCGCCGGCCCGCAAGGCGGCAGAGGCGGCCAGCGAGGUCCCAGACAGGACUUCAAGUACAAUUUAGACCCCGACAUCAUUAAGAUCGACCUGGAAAAUGAUCGUCCGAUAUGGCCUUUCUCAGUCUACGCACCGGGAAGGACUGCUCCGCGGCAGCUGAUCGAGGGACCGUUGAUGGAACAGAGUCAAGAGGAAAUGCGUCUACGGUACUAUGCUGCAAUGCGAACAGGCCAUCCCGAGCAAGCUGCACAUGAAGAAACUCAGUUGCUCGGUCAAGUGACUCAACAGAUCAAAAAUAUCCUCAGCGACUUGAAUGGCGCCUGCAGAUAUGUCCAGGACGGCGAGAAUGUUCACCCUAACAGAGUCGACAACACCACGGGUCAACAACCACAACAGCAACAGACCGGCGCGUUUGGCCAAGGCAAUGCAGCUUUAGGCCAACCCGCAGCAUUUGGCGGUGCAGCAAAGCCAGCCUUUGGACAGCCGAGUGCAUUCGGUACUGCUGGUCAACAACAAAGCGGAUUCGCUACUGCCGGUCAACAACAAAGCGGAUUCGGUGCUGCUGGUCAACAGCAAAGCGCAUUCGGAAGGCCAUCGACCUUCGGCGCAUCAGCAGCCCAGCCAUCAGCGUUCGGGGCGCCAUCUGCUCUUGGCGGCGGUGCUGCAAAUCCAGCGUUUGGCAAACCAGCUUUUGGUAGCUCCUCAGCAUUCGGAUCAGCGGCGAAUUCUGGGUCGACAGCAGGUGCAGCGCCAGGGUUUGGUCAGCCAUCUCAACCCGGUUCCUUUGGACAACCUGGAGGUGGAGGCUUCGGGACAAAGCCGGCUUUUGGCCAACCAGCGGGCGGUGCUGCGUUUGGGCAAUCCUCGCAACCCGGCGGAAUAGGAGGUUUCGGGAAGCCAGCAGGGUCACUAGGAUUUGGACAGCCAGCUUUCGGUCAGGCAGCCCAGCCGACCGGCAACAGCCCCUUCGGCCAGCAAGGCCAGCAAGGCCAACAGCAGCAGCAACAGCAACAGCAACCUGGAGGAUUUGGGCAAGCAGCUAAUCAACAACCUGGGUCCGGAACGUUUGGGAAGCCUUCUCCCUUCGGUGCACCUGCCCAGCAAGCAGCACCCAGUGCAUUUGGAGCACCUGCUCAGCAAGCAGCGCCCAGUGCAUUCGGUGCACCUGCUCAGCAAGCGGCACCCAGCGCAUUCGGUGCACCUGCUCAGCAAGCUGCAUCAGGUACAUUUGGAGCGCCUGCUCAGCAAGCCGCGCCCAGCGCGUUUGGCCAACCUGCUAUGAAUAGCUUUUCCGCGCCGCAAGCAAAUGGUUUUGGCCAGCAACAACAGCCUCAAUCCGCCACCCCUGCUGGCUCCGACGUAUCGACUUACACCACGCGUGGUGCCAACAACCAACUCACUAGCUGGAAGAGCCAACCCGUUCAGUACAUUGCUCAUGGUGAAACAAAAGUGCAAAACCCAUGCUAUCGCCGACCGGACAAUGGUCAGUGGGAGCGCAUCUGGCUCCCGGAUGGCGCCCCGCCGGACAACCCAAACUGCUACACAGCGCCAGAGGCGUAUGGAGAGGUGCUGAAGGGAGCAUACGAGUAUUUGAAUAACACAGGAACGUUCAAGGAUGGCAUUAUGCCGGAGGAACCACCGGCGCAUGCGGCGAUCAAGUGGGAUAUUUGA